CAGCUGUGUUUGUGUCACGCUUCUCAAUUUACAUUUUCCCAGUUUUUGUUAACUUUUCCAUAAAAAAAUGUUGAAUUUGUUAAAUAAAACUAAAAAUGUUUUAGUGCCCUCGCUGCGCGGCAUUGCGAUCCGUGCCACGCACGAUGCCGCCAAGGAAGAACCAGAAGUAACGAAGCCGAUAACAAAGCCUGUGGCACCGCUCAUAUUACCACAAAACUGGCCGCAAUAUGAACCUAUGAACCAGUCGGCAACGCGACAAGCUUGGAUUGAAAACAUCGAUGCAGUGGAGGAACGCAAAUUGGGACUUAUAGAAUUACAUCCUGACGUUUUCGCAGCCCAACCCCGCGUCGAUGUCAUACAAGAGAACAUAGAAUGGCAGCGUAAAUAUCGUUAUGUAAGCUUUGCUCAUACUAAAACGCGCGCCGAAGUACGUGGCGGUGGACGCAAACCUUGGCCACAAAAAGGUAUGGGUCGUGCGCGACAUGGUUCCAUUCGCUCACCACUAUUUCGUGGUGGUGGUGUUGCGCACGGUCCACGCUCACCUACCACACACUUCUAUAUGCUGCCAUUCUAUAAGCGGGUAAUGGGAUUGACGGCAACACUUAGCGUAAAAUUAGCGCAAGAUGAUCUCCAUGUAAUUGAUAGUGUUGAGAUACCCACGCGUGAUCCAAAGUUCAUUAAGGAGUUGAUAAAAGAGCGCAACUGGGGGCCAUCCGUGCUAAUUGUAGACAGAGAGGACAUUUUCCCGGAGAACAUCUGCUAUGCUACGGACGAACUGGGUUACGUGAAUUUGAUGCCUUCAUAUGGUCUCAACACAUAUUCGAUGCUGAAACACGAUACAUUGGUGCUAACUGUGGAAGCCGUCAAACAUAUCGAAGAGCGCUUGUUAUAUCAACUUAAUCGCACAGACGCGGCGGCGAAGGGUAUCAAAUUUAAAUUGGAUCAAGUUUAAAUAGUUUCCUGCUGCUUCUCUUAGUUUUUCUGGACUUGAUCGUUUUCUUAAGGAAUGUACCAUCGCUAUCCAAGUAAUUCAAAACAUUGUACAAAUCUGAAUCAUUAAAAGCAGUAAUGAAUUUUUACCAUCGAAUAA